AUGGAGGAAAUAGUCAUGAGCCUCAUAAACGCCGAAACCCUUCACGAAGCCUUGGACCGAUGCACCAUCGUGAGACCGCGAGCUCGGCUACAAAAGCUAACCGUACGUAUCCGGAAGCUUAAGGAAAGGUACAUCGAGGGAACACCGGAGGCUAACUUACAGCUCUUGGUGUUAGAAAAACUUGAGAUAGCGAAAGGAGAAUUCGCAGAAGAAAUUGAUCGGCUCGAGGCGGUGGUCAGACAGCGAGGAAAACCGCACUCUCUGGCUUUUGAGACCGAUGACGGUCAGAAUCAUGGUGCAACACCUCCUAGGGCGGAUCCGGUGAUAAACGAAACCAAUGAAAGGACAGAGACUCCCCUCGCCGGACAACUUGAAACUGAACCGGGCGUCACAGAAGAAAGGGUCAAGACCCUUAUUCAAGAGUUCGCAGACUCAACGUUCGCCGAAAAGACAAGACAUGAUCUCAUAAAGGCACAGGACCAGAUCACAGCCAUCGAAGCUGAUUACCGGGACGAAACGGUUUUGCGCAACAAUCACCUUCGGCGAACCGAGGCCUUAGAAGAAAAGACCUUAGGGAUAAAGGAUGACUUGGAUCGGUUUGAAAGGGAAACCGAACAAGGAUUCACAGAGGUAGAAGAGGACCUAGGAUGGAGGGUCACCGAUUUGGAAAAGAAGAAUGCGAGCCUUGAAGACCGCAACGACAAGCUCGAAGCCGACCUCAGGGCGCUCACCGCGCAAGUAGAUGAAUUAAUCAAGGCCAAGAUGAAUGCUGAUACAGCGGUUGAGGAGGCAAACGCCCGAGCGGCUAAGGAACUCCAAGAUGCGCUGGAUGAAGAAACACAAAGAGCAAAGGAGCCACCGCGACUUUCUGAGGAGGAAAUAGCCGAGCGAGAACGAAGGACACUGGCUAAGUAUCCGGGACUUGCAGAGUCCGUAGCCGCUCAGCAACGAGAGGAUGAAGAGCGGUUAAAUAAUGAAAGACAAAGACUCGCCGACUUUGCAAAAGCUCACAAGAAGAAAAAGGAGGCCCCUUCCUUUUCGGUUCCGGCAAAACGGAAAAGGAAAACAUCAAAGAAGGAUCAAGUAGCCGGGCUGCUGGAAAGAAUCACUGACACGGUUAUUGAAAAUCAACCGGACCCGGCUACUCACACCGAUGAUGAAGAUGAAGAGCAACUAGAGCAGCGUUCUACAAGACAACGAGUCUCCAAUACGGCCAGUCAACCGCAACCGGUUAAGAGAAAACGGACCAAGGAUAUGAUGGACGGCUUCAAUUUCUCCGACUCAGAAUAG